AUGGGAGAAGCAGAUGCACAAAGUGCUCCAGCAUUGCAAGAAAAUACAUCCACUGCACAAACUAAAUGUAUGUCUCCUAAUACAAAGACAGAUGCUGAGAGUCCUGUAGGUCAGUCACCAGCAGGGCCAUCUAGAAGACGAGCUGUAAGACAAACGAAGCAUGAAAAGUCGUUACCAUGGCCUCAAGAGCCCAUGAAUGACGAACCUAUCAAUAUGAUCAAAGGAGACUUUCCAAAUAAUCACGACGAUCACGCCUAUGAAAGAACUGCUAGUCCGUGUAAUGGGUGUGUGAAGAGGGAAGCGUCAAGUACUCCAGAUAAUCUCUCGCCUGGCACUAAAGAUGAGGACGAUGAAGAUGAUGAUGACGAUUCAGAUAAAAUCGACAUCAACAAAUAUGAUCCAGAGAGACUUAAAGCUUUCAAUAUGUUCGUUCGCUUAUUCGUGGAUGAGAACUUGGAUAGGAUGGUGCCCAUUUCCCGGCAACCAAAGGACAAAAUCCAAGCAAUUAUUGAUUCCUGUGCGAGACAGUUUCCUGAAUUUGGAGAACGAGCGAGGAAAAGGAUUAGAACCUACCUCAAAUCCUGUCGAAGGAAUAAAAGAACAAGAGAAAAUAACAACUGGGAAGCAGGGCGGAACACGCAACCUCACUUAACAUCUGCCCUUGCAGAACAGAUUUUAGCCAGCGCCUGUGAGAACGAGAGUCAAAACGCCAAAAGAAUGCGUUUGGGAUUGAAACCUAUUGCCGCUGAAGUGGAAAGAGGACGUUCCGAAACUCCUGUCUCUCGGAGCCCGCAGCACGAAAAUAUUUUGCAAACCACACUGCGACACGGCAAGUCUCAAGCAUCCGCUAUUUUGAACGGUUCUCCAUCUUAUUCUUCGGCGUACCGUAUAGUGCCAAAUGCCUCUACAAAUGGUCAUCCAAGCGCCAUAACGAAUUCCAGUAAUGGACCAACAGAUCUCAGCAUGAAGAAAAGUGGGCCAACCAACAGUGCAGUGAAGCAUUCUCUGAAUCCAAGUGAAGUGAUCGCCGUCAAACAGCUAAUCGCUGGGUACAGAGAAUCAGCUGCUUUCUUGCUGCGAUCAGCAGACGAGCUGGAACAGCUUCUAUUACAGCAAAACUGAAACAUCCUAAAAAUGAAAUUCGGCGCUUGAUGAGGCAAAGGUGGCCUUCAAAUACUCUUUUACUGGGAGAGUGGUUUUAGAGCUGAACUCAUCUUUUAGUAGAAUAACUCAGUGGCGGAAUAAUGACCACUGUGCCCCAGCAUUUUCAAAUAAUAAUUUUCUAGAGGGGCAAAAAAUAUUUUUUAAAUAAACAUUCCUUGAGCUUUGCUGCCCGUAUGAUGGGAAAUUCGGCUGGACCGAUUAUUACGAAUUUUUUUAUAUUCAAAGAACUUAACAUUCAUGAAAUUUCGAAUGGCGUUUUAAAAUGUGUUCAUAAUGUUAUCUUAAAUGUAUAUGGUAGACCUGUUGCGCAUAUAAAUUUUCACCUGUCUUCUAAAUGUAAGCCUUAUACAGAAUUCAUGCGCACUAUUUUUUGUACGUUGCCGUUUUACUUGUUGAAACUGAUUCAAAAUCAGUUUCACCGAGUGAAAUGAAUUGCAUUAAGUCCAUUUUAUUCAUUCGUGUAUCUCUGAGCUUCAUUUAAAUAAGUGAAGGCAUUUCUAAUUUUCUGAUUUUUUUCUUCGUUUUAUUUUAGGGUUAUUUUCAGAUUUUUUAAAGUUACACAUACAGAAUUUUCCUUCAAAGGAUUUUACCAAUUAGCAAACUUCACGUAAAGCGUUCAUCUUAAAAUUAUUUUGCGAAAUGAACAAUUAGAACGUAUAUAGCUUAAACUUAUCAUUAUUAUCACAGUCCAGACUAUCUUUUAUAUGCACUUCAAGUUUAGAAGUUGUGAAAAGGAUUUAUAGUGCAAUAUAGGUUUUUUUACUAUAAAAUGUUUAAAAAAUUGUGAGAUUUUUAUAUUAGAUUAUCUUUUGUUAGAUUUAUCUCUUUUGACUUUAAAGGGAUCUUAUAAUGCGCGAAAUAAUAGAAAUAAGUUGAACAUUGUGGAAAGACAUAUUUUGAAUUUGUUUCAUAUUCAGAGAUAUUUACGUAACAUGAAUCAAGUGCUAUAUUGUAAUUGUAAGGUGUUUUUGAUGUUAAAAAUUAGCAUAAUUUUUCAAACUUAAGGCACGUUUCGUAUUUCUUCCCCGUUUCAUUACUUCGUGGAGAAGUUCUUCAAAUAUUUCUUGAGGAAAGUAAGUAGUUUACUUUAUAAAAUUAUAAAUUUCUUUGAGAUAUUUUCUAAUUUUACAAACUUAGAUUUUUUUUCACUUUUAAAGUUUCUCUCCCCCAAGUAUGAUAGUUCAUGCUUUGCUUGCCAAUUUUCAAUAUCUGCAUUUAAAUAAGUGAAGCAUUUCUUCAGUUCGUCAUCCUGAAUUUUUCUUUUGCCAUUUUGCUGAUAUUCACUGUUGCUAUAACUGUUUGAUUUCCGAUUUAUUUUGCUGCUAAUUUUUAAAAUCCCGUAUGGUUGGGUUCUAAAUAAUUAUUGCCGAAUUCUGGUAACACUUUUAUUUCAUAAAAUUGUUUUUUUGUACUUCCAAGGUUUAAUAUCUUAAUUUCUUUGAAAUUUAUUUUCCUCUUGCUUAAUUUUUUAUUCUCUUAGUUUCAAAUUUUAAGUUCGCUGGUAUUGUAUUUUUAAUUUCCUCUGGGACUUUAAAAACUUGAGAUAUCUGAAUAUUUAAUUUUCUGUAUUUUUCCUAUUUAGCUGUUAUAUCAAGCAUGUUUGUUCCUUUGUUGAAAUGUAUAUUCUAAUAUUCCUCUGGUUCCGCCACUGAGGUUGCUAUCUAGAAAUGUUCUAUUGAGGAACACUAUAUGGGUGGACUAUAUAGGAGGCAUGUGAAUUCAAGCCUUGUCUCCUUAUAUUUUUGGCCAUUAAUUUUUCGGCCAGUGUUUUUGUAACUGAUUAUUGGUGUCCAGUGUUUAAUCGAGUAUUACUUUUCUAAGUCUGUAUUGAGACUCUAUUUUAUUAACAGGAUUCGUAACGAAGGUAUCACAGCCAAAUAUUGUCGGCAAGAAUUCUUUCUUUUUAGAAGUGUUUGUAGUUUUUAGCGUAUCAUCGUCACUGCCAUCUCGUCACUGAAAUUAAUCGUGUAAAAUUUAAAUGCAUUUAAAAUUCGUUUAUGUUCUUUUUCCUUCGGUCAACACGUGAGAAAAGUAUGUUUAUUCUUAACUCUAGCACUAAAGAAUUUGUAUAGUUUUCUGUGGCAUUAAACCGAGUGCAAUAUUGGUGACGAGACGUAAUGCAUGUGGUACGCUACCUUGUCAGUAUAACUGAUUAAAAUUUUUUAUUAGUAUCAUAUCGCUCAGUAAAAAAUAUCUCGUUUAAAUAUCGAAAUGUAAAUUUUUGGGUGCUUAUUACAUUUUAAGGAAUAAGGUAUGCAGUUAAUUGUUAGAUUUCUAACACCUUUUAUUAUCUUAACGCAGAGAUUCUUUUCCUACAAUUUAAUAUAAGAUUUUUUAAGUCCUGAAGAUUGUAAUACUAACUAAAUCAUGUAAAAAUAACUUCCAGUUAGAUAAGUAGUUUGAUUUAGCUAACUGAUUUUAUGAUAGAUCUUGAAAUGCACAUUGUACAUGUUGCUAAAUAAUGAACCUGACAUUACUUGCAUUAAAUAUUUCCAAGACGUAACGAAGUUUACCCAUUUUCAUUCUUGAAUGAAUAUUCUGUACUUGAAAUACUUAAUUUACUUAGAAUGUGGUCUUCUUUGUCACUAAAGGAAACUUUUAGCAAACACAUUUUUUUCAAAAAUAAUUUCCUAUAUCCAAUAAAGCUUAUCUAAUUUCUCAAUGAUAGCAAUUACUCAGAUUUAUAUUGCUUCAUGAAUGACCAUUUAUCAAUAAAACUGAUAGAAGUUUCUGAGCUGUAUACUAUGGAAGCAUGUUUCCUUCAGUCUUUCCAGUAUUUGUAAUAUUUAAAAAUAUUUCCUUUCGCAUCUUUUUCCGGAAAACCGAAUUUUUCGCAGUGCAUACCUCGGUUUUCAUCAUAGAGCACUUUAUAUAACUGUUAUGCAGUUUUAUAUAUAUGGUUUGGAUGUAUGGUCGAGAGAACAAAAGAAAUACGCUGAAGCGUCACACAGAAAUUAAAAUUUUUAAUAAAGACUCAGCAUUUUUAUUCUUUGAGUUCCUUGAUGAAAAUGGGUACAUUUACGCAAAUCCUUUGAUUGAGAAACAAUUAAUAGAAAUAUGUAAAAAAUGAUUUUUGCUAUUUUAUGGCUUCUCAUUAUAAAUUGUUAAAUAUGUUUUCAUAUUGAGAUUCCCGUUAAACUAGGCAAAUUGCACCAUUGAAAAGAUAUUCUUACGUCAAAAAUGUGCUUAACGAAGCUAAGACUAAAUGAUCACUUUAAACAUUCAUUUCUGAAAGAGCUAUCUAAUUUAGAAAUUCCUGAACAAAAUUUCCGUGUCUUUAAAACUGUAACAUAAGUGCUUAAGCAAAUACGUUUCGCAGUUCUAUUUACUAACUUAUUUUAGUUCUAAAAUAUGAAGCAUUUUUUGCUCGCGUAUUAAGUAGAAAACCUAAACAUACAUUUAUAUUUUUAUAAAGCUUUAAUUCCGUGUGCUAGUAUUCCAGUUGCUUUAGUUACAAAUCAUUUGCUGUUGAUACUAAGUUCCGAUUUAAAUAUUGUCCGUACAAAUAUGAAUAUGCUUGUGAUUCUCUUUACAUGCAAACAAAUAUAUUUCAUAAAAAUAAGCAAAUACAUAAAAAUUAUUAGAUCUUAGAAAUAAAAUUGUUUUCUUUAAAAAAUUUAAAUUAAAGGAUUAAAUUAAUGUAGGAAUUAGAAUUUGGCAUCAGUUCAUCAAAUUUAGUAUCGCAUAAUAAAGGAACUAUCCGUAUGUGCGCCAUAACAUUAUUAUCAAGCGUACUUCGAGAAAUAACUUAGAAUACAGUAAAAAUUUAAGCCAAAUAAAUUAUAAUUAAGCUAUUUCAUAAUCAAAUUAAGUUUUCAAUAUUUUUUUUUAAAUCUGAGUCUGAAUAUUGUGUAAAAUAGUUUCUUACAUGCCUCAACGUUCUUCAGAGUUGAGCAAUUUAGAAGCACAUAUGAAUAAUUCUCACUAUUUAAAACCUUUGUCCUUUCCAUUCUGUAUAAAAUUUUGCCCGAUCAAGAGCGAUUUUAAGUGUUUUGUAAUUAUAUUUCUGUUGUGUAAAUGUUACUAAAACCCAUAUUGUAAAUAAAAAUAAGAAAUGAAAUGUGCAUUUUAGGUGUCGUAAGUGAAUUAUAUUUGGUAUCCGCCAUUUUUUAAACAUUUUGCCUGAUAAUUUUAGAUAAACACUUUUAAUUAUCAGGUAACUCCAUAAUGUGACACAAAAUGUUUGACCUUUAUGUCUUUGACUUCAAGAUCUGUACUUUUAUCUCUCGUCUCCACUUCAAGAGAAUUUUUACACAGUGCACUCGAAUCUCUGCUUAACUAUAGUGAAAUAUUUACCGAUGGAAUAGUGAUAACCAGACUUCCUCUAUGAUGCUAGUUCAAGUUUGAGAACAACUAUAGUUUCUCCCCACCAAGAAAGAGAAUGCAAUAUUCUCUCUCGUCGAGCUUGAAUUUUUUACAAUCUCAAUAUGGACUCGAAAGUUAAGGAGUCCAGAAAUAAAAUCCAUGAAUAUUUUGAGGGUCUGUCAUGAAUAAGCCUUUGUAAGAGAAAAUAAGAAAAAAAAAUGCUUCCUUAUUUGGUACAUCACUGGGCAAAUAUGUCUAUUACUUACAAAAUCAUGUUCCAUUGUUGUAACUGUAAUAUGAUAGUACCAUUACAGUUGUAAGAAUGCUGAUAUGAUAGGAUAUUUCUUUUGUUGAUUUAGAUACCUCAAAGUAGGUAGGUACACACUGAGCGAAUACAGUGCUCUUGGUACACUUAUUCGACUAGCAGUUUGACUAAUAGUUACAGAUUUCAAAGCCAGUAGAACAAAAAAUGUAAUUAAAAUCUAAUCGUACCCUUCAACAUAUCUAUAUUAUAAGUAUCUUUGAACUGAAUCCUAGCGAUCACUUUAAUGUUCAGUAUUUUUAGUAUUCAAUACAGAUUACUGAACAGUUAAUGUAGUUUAAAACAGUUGUUUAAUCGCUCACUGUUCUUAUAAGAAAUGGCGCUGAGAAAUGUGUUCUUCAAAUUCAUUGAACUCACAUGUUUCGAUCAAAAUGAUUAGCAAAAUUUAGCUGUCAUAUACCUUACAAAAGUAAACGCUGAUUUUUAAUAAGUCUCAUAUAAGGCGUAUAUAAUUUAUAUAUCAAAAUUCUAUGUUUUAGUUUCAGAUAUCCAUUUGAAGUACUUUUCCAGUUAUACACGCAUAGAAAGCGUCAGAAAUUGUAAUUAUUCUAGUUUAAACGUUUUUUUUUUUUUUUUUUUUUUUUUUUUUUUUUUUUUGUUUGUUUUUUAAUUUUUUAUAAUUUCCAUAAAUAAAAACAGUGAAAGAAAACAUUCACCCAGUAUUAUAAUAUAUGACUGAAUUGUUGAACAGCAGUUAGUAAAGGAAAUAGGCAGCACGAUCCGCUCAGUGUGUAAUUAAUUCCUUUAUGGAAAUAUUUUCUCUACGAACAGAAGAUCAUAACUUAGAACAGUAUUCUGCUGACCAUUUCCAGCAGAGCUGUCAUUUAGUAUUCAAUUUUUUGUAAGAUUUUACAAAUCGAAAUGGUCACCCUGAAGAUAGCAAGAUUUUUGGCUUAGCUUCAUAUCACCUAGUCCAAAAAGUUUUAUAUUCCGAGGUUUGCUUGGAUUUAAACCUAUACCAACGAGUUUUUCAAAUAGAACAAAGCACAGUUAUAUAUCUAUAAUAUACAUAUAUAUAUAACGUAAAAUACACAUAUAUAUUAAACGAAAAACCAUAUAACAUCAUUCUUGAUUCUUUCAGCUGCGCACAUUUUUUUCACACUGCACGUUUUUAUGAAUAUUAUCAUCGGAUUCAAAACUAGAUGUUCUCUUUUAGGGACUUAAGGUAUAUUACAGAAUGUAUUAAUCGGUUUGAAGGGAAUGUACAGUUUAACUCUAAUAUGCCUCGUCGUAAAACUUUAUGUACUGAGAUAAACCUUUCAUGAAAGAUAAGCAUUUCCUAGAAGAAUUUUAUUUCAUUAUGUUUUUGUGUAUGUGUUACCAUCUUAGAGCUCUAUAAAAUGAUUGGUCAAAGUUUUAGGAAUUAGAUAAAACGAAAAUAUAAUUUCAAGAAACAUGAUUUAUGGCAUUUUCAUGUGAUCUGUUUCAGAUGACAAAUCGCUUAAGUUGCAUAAAAAUUGGUUAGCUCAGUAACAAAAGAAAAGUCCUUUGUCUUCUGUUUCUAUUUUCAAGAAAAUUAAAAAAUAGUUGCGCAUUAGUAUAAUUUUCGUUCUGUAUACACUGAAUCCAUACUGUUUUCUAGGUAAUUAUUUUCUUUUAAGUUACAAUGCGAAAUGUAAUGUAUUUGUAAAAUUGUUGUAACAUAUCCAGUUUGAAAGUAAAUGUUGAAAGUGCACAGGUAAAUAAUGUUGCUAUCAAAUUCCAAGAACGCAUUUAAUGACAUCUACUAAUGCAGUAUUUUAUAUACAGUGUAAAAACAGUUCAAUUGAAUCUUGUUUUAUUGUUUCAUAAAGCAACUAAAUAAUUCGUUUUUAUCCGAUUCAAAGAAAUUUGUUUAAAGAUUACUACUUAUUACAGAUCAUUACAGAUUAAAGAAGCUAUGAUAAAUUUAACCGUUGUGUCCAAUUUUAUACUUCACUGUGUGUUUAAAACGUUGCAAAUGUUUUCCCGCUACUAACGUACAAACUAAAGCAAAAAAAAAAAAAAAAAAAAAAAAAAAUCAGUUUCUUCGAGCUGCUAUUCGGUAGCGCUCAGUUACGUUUAAGAAAAAGUACAUUAAACUUUUCCAUGUAAACUUUCCAAGAUUAUUAGGUGGCCUUGUCUUAAGUUUCAUUCCACGUGCUAUAAACAAGUAAUAGUCUAUAUUUAAGUUAAAAAAA